AUGAGGCAGGGAUUUUCUGAAGAGCCAUCAAUUGAGCCACAAGUUCAAGCUAUUGGCGAUGAUGGCGGUGGAAUGACAAGGCGAGAUGAAUCUCAUCUAACCGCUCAACAACCAUCUAUAACCAUACAAGAACAACACAAUGUCAUUAUUCAACCACGAUUACGACCAAUGCCAUUUAAAUUGCAGGAUAUUUCACAACCAUCGUUACCUAUACCGACAGAAGUGUGUACUUUAAAUGGUGAGACUUAUUACCAAGUGGAAGAUUUGCCCGUUAAUAGACGUGGAUUUAAAUACAAAUUAUGUCGGCCAAACCCCCUCUUUACAUCAAAUUUUUAUGCAACUACCGAUUUACCACCGUAUCAAGCGUGCAUCAGCUUGUUUGACCGAGCACCAGCAAUGUUGUUUAGUAAAGACUCAAUGUCCGUUACGCAAGCUAAAGGAUGGAGAUCAGCAAGAAGCAAUGUGGGAGUAAGAGAGGGUUCCUACUAUUUUGAAUUCAAAAUACUCAAUUCUGACAAAAAUAGCCAUGUUAGAGUUGGGGUGGCUAGAAGGGAAGCCAGUCUAGAAGCACCAGUAGGUUACGAUGCAUAUGGAUACGGCAUACGGGACGUUGACGGACAGUUGAUGUUUAUCAGUCGACGGAAAAAUGUCUGUGUUGAAAAUGGUUUCACCACGGGAGAUGUCAUUGGAUUCUUGGUGCAACUUCCCUCAUUAAAAGAGCAUAAGCGUGAAAUUGAAGAAUUUGUUGAGAAUAAGCGAGCUGAGAUGUCGAUGGAGCACAAGUCGAAAAAGAGGAAACACAAGUGGAAACAAAUCAGUGUUGAGGAAAAUGAAAUGUUUAUUGCUCAUGACAAUAUCGUACGCGACCAAAUUCCAACCAAAUCGAAAGGUGCUCUUUAUUACGAUCAAUACGAGUACACAAGGACAAAGACAAUGGACCAUUUGUUGAACCCAAUUACAGUGUUUGGUGAAAAAGCCGUCAUUGAAAUGGAUGACAAGACGAAGAACAUACCAGUAAUUACCAAUUCCAAGAUACGAGUUUUCAAAAAUGGUAUUGAACAAGAUACUUGUAUUGAUAAUUUGUAUUCAUUUCUACCAACAAACAUUGAAACACGAGAGGAUCUCAACCUUGAACCAAACGUGCAACAGCUGCAAAAUCCUGGGUAUCGAAACACAGAUGAUAAUACACUAGGAUAUUAUCCAAUGUUAUCAACAUUUCAAAAUGGAGCUGUACGACUAAAUGCGGGACCAGAAUUUGAUUUCCCCCCACCAGAAACAGUUAAGCCAUUAAAUGAUCGCUACGAAGAACAAGUCAUUGAAGAAUGGUAUUGGGACAUACUUGAUGAAGUGGAGGCACAAUAUUUGGAUAAUUUUGACGAUUAG